CGAUAAUAAUUUGCAUUUUAUUUAUUUAUAGAAUUUAAUAACGUGUAUUGCAAAUAAUUCAAAUACAUAGAAAAUAUCCCAUAAUUUCCAUAUUUUUCCAUAUUAUUAAAAAGUUUUUGAUAUUAUAAAUAAUAUAAUAAAAAAACGAAAUCUUAAACCAUGUCAUACUUAAAUGGAAAUCAGGAAGGAAAAUAUGGACAACUUGCUCAUAAAUUAAUAAAACUAGCUUCGAUGUCUAAUAAGAAGGUUGUACUUCGUCAUGAUGAUCAAUCUUCAGAUGUGUCUACUGAAUUGUUACAUGAAUUUGGUACAACAGAUGUAGCAAUUGGGGAUGUUACAGCUGAGGUUAUGUUAACAACAAUGGGUAAAAUUCCAAGUGAAAUGUAUGAUUUAGAGGAUACAAGUCCUCCUGUUAUAACUAAAUUAGUGCAUUUUGAAAAAACAUCUCCAUUUGCACGUGCAAUAGCAGUAACAGAACCACAAUACCAUCCAGUUACUAAAGAACCUACAGGUCAUUCAUCGAUUUUAAUUGCUUUGUUAACUGCACUAUUGAUAAUAUUCUUAUUAUGUUGUAUCACAGCAUGUAUUAUAACUAAAUCAAAAAGAAAGAGUACUUUCUUUGGAAAAGAAGAUAUGGAAUGUGAACCAGGAUGUACUGGAAUGAAUCAACCUUUACUAGAUAAGAUUUCAAGCAGUACAAACAAAACAAGCUGUGGUUCUAUGCGAAACUAAAAAUUUGCAAUAAUUUUUUUUCGAAUAAAAUGCAGCCUUAAAGAAUCGUAAAAUAGUAAUGUAAAAACAAGAUAUUUAUAUGUGUAGGCAUUGUGAUGAGGCAGCACAUUGAAAAAUGGAGUGUUUUUUAAAUUGAUAUUUUACAUAUAUCUACAAUAAUAAGUUUUACAAAAAAUAUAAAACAUUUAAUACAUUUUGACCCAAUAAGAAUCACAGAAUGGCAAAUUUGUUGAAAAUAUAUUCGAAAAAGUAACUUAUAUAUAACAAGAGAAGAAGUGAAAUGUGACUUAACCUAAAAGUAGACAACUUACCCGGUUUCACUGGUGUCGCCGUAGUAGAAGCUGUAACACCAAAGCUAAAUGCAGGAGCAGGUGUCGAAGUUGUUCCUCCGAAUCCAGUACUAAAUGACAUUUCUCAAAUUAAAACUAAAAUUAAUGUAUUACAAAAACACGAUUUACCGCGCGCGCCUUCUGAUUUUGUAUAAGCGAGAGUAUAACGAAUAUGGCGGCUGACAUGCGCCACAAAUUUCCGUUUCUAUGCUGACUGCUUAUCACGUGACAAUUCUAACUAUUUAAAUUCACUUAAAUCUUUCCAAAUCAUAAUAGCACCAAUUUUAUUCUUAAAUUGUAACUAAGUUUAUUUGAUUUUUUAAUACAAUUGUAUUUCAUUUGUACUACAUAUUUUUCAUAAUCGCCAUAUGGAUCUAUGAUGUAUUAAAUAUACGUAUUUUUUUGGAGAA